CGCAGCGUGGGAGUUAGUUCUGGUGAUGGCGCCAGCCAGCUCACUCGCUCGACUAACCCACCAUCCCGACCCUCCGAUCCUCCAUCUCCUAACCACCGGCAGACGACGAAGCAACCUCCACGCUCGCCACCUCCUCUCGCUGAUUCUACUGAUCCGCAGAAGCAGCAGCAGCAGAAGUAGCAGUAGCACCAGCAGCAGCAGUAGCAGCAGCAACAACAGUAAUAGUAAUCAAAGAAGCAGUAGUGGGCUAACGACGAGUCCGGCAAAAUCUACGACGAACAGUACCAAGAGAAACAGUUAUAGUAGAAGGAAGAAAAGAAACAACAAAAACAGUUAGUCGUGAGCAAUUUGGUUGGAAGGAAAAGAGGAGAGAGACCGAUGGCAAUACCAGACUGGUAGCAUCAGCAGCAACAACACCAACAGAAGAGAACCAGACAGUCCGAGCUAUGCGAGAUUAAUCGUUCUGCUUCCGGUUUCUCGGAUAACAACGAAUAACAACUACUCCUUGAAAAGGCUGAUAAAGUCAAACCUGUAGAAAAGAAAGAUAAGAGAGAAAGAGAGAGAGAGAGAGAAGGAGGGAAGAGAAAAAGGACUAUGAUGUCGUAACACGCGCGCCUCUGCACGAACGGACGCACGCACCGCGAAAGAUCACGUCACCGAGCAGCCCUCGCCGCUACAUCCCCACCCUUGAUCAACCCCUAUCGCCAGCACCACCACCGUCAUCGUCACCGUUACCGUUACCGUUACCGUUGCCGUUGCCGUCGCCGUAGUCACCGCUGUCGUUGUUGACGCCGCCACCACCGCCACCAACACCGCCACACCACCACCAUCACCACCACCACCACCACCACUUUUGCCGACGCCGACGCCGACGCUGACGCUGCCAAGAUCAACCGCAAGAACGCCUUACACGGAUGGAUCGUCAUUGCGGCUGAAACCCCUUGCCGCCGGUAGAGACUCCGAGCACUCCGUAUGAAGGCGGUACGCGUACGACCACCCACGCACGAAUCAUCCUCGUCGAAGACGUUUGCGUCUGUGCCACCCUUAUUCUUAUCGUUCUUUUAUCUUUACUUCUUAUUAUUCUUAUUCUUAUCCUCUCUUUGUUAUUCUCUUCUUUUACCAUCACCUUUUUUCUUCCUCUUCACACAAUUCGCAUACGCUGGCUCCGUUAUCACCACCGCACUUUUAAAACGAAACCACUCGUUUCUCGUUAACUAUCGCGGUUUUAUGGUGUUGUUAUGAAAUCAUCUGCUGACAAUCAGCAUCAAAAGAAGUUAAACGACUGAUCUAACAACAACAACAAAACAACAACAACGCAACAACGGCACCAAAGUGCCGGCACCAAAGUUGGCAUCCUCGAGCUCAGCUCAUCCUAGAGCUGAACCGACCAUACGGUUCAUCAUGAGAAUGGUGUUGCUACUCCACUGUUAAAUGGAAGAAGCCGGCGAACCGCGAAGACGGAAAAAAAACGUGCUACCACUCGACUACUACCGUACCCCCUUGAAACUAGCCCGUACUACUACUACUACUACUACUUCUACUACUUCUUCUACUACAUCUACAACAACAACUACUACUACUACUACAUACUAUACGUGCCUAUUCGAUUUAGAGGAGUCUAAGCUAGUUACAAUUAUCUACGAGAGGAAAGAAAAAGAAAUAAAGAAAAUAAACGAGAGACAAAUACUACGGUAAUUGAAAUCGUACAUCUAGAGAGUGUCUAUAGUGAAAGGCCAUAGGGAAACGGGGCUAUAUAUUCGAGAGAAAGAGAGAAAGAGAGAGAGAGAGGGGUAGAUUAAAAGAGAAUAAAAAAGGAAAAGAAAAAAAAACAGGGGAAACAAAAAAAAGAAGAGGAAAAACUGUUAGCAACGAAAGAAAACGAGACAGAGACAAAUUUCAACGUUUUGUGAAAGUAAAAAACAUCAUCGAGAUUCUACGCUAUCGAAAUCUAAUCGAUUCGCCGGCGUUCAACAAUCUUUCGCUAUCUCUUUCUCUUUCUCUCAAAUAAAAAAAGUACCACCCUUCGUAUUUUAUUCUGAUACUGGAUCCUGAAUAAAAAAAAAAAAAAAAGAAAGAAAGAAAAGUAAAAAGGAAAAUAAGAAUCGGAUCCCUCAGUGUGUAUCUUGACUGAAAGGAAAAGUCGGCCUAAUCCACGUUCGGUACACCGAUUCCCUCUUGUAGACUGGAGAGAGAAAAAAAAAAGAAGAAGAAGAUAAAAUAAAAGAACAGAAAGAUAGUUAGAUAGAAGAGAUAGAUAGAAAUAGAUAGAGAUAAAUAGAGAAAGAAAGAGUGAGAGUUAGUAAGAGAAGGGUUCGUUUUUUUAUCAAGAGCGUAAUCCCCCCUCGCAUUAGAUAGGAUACGUUGAAGAUCUCUUUCCGUCAAUCCGUAUAAUACGGUCGUAAAAGAGCAAGCAAGUAAGUAAGGAAGAAAGGAAGAAAGAAAGAAAGGAAGUGAGGUUAUAACGACGAUAGGGAGGAAAGGAAUCGGCCAUUAUCGAGUCACGUAAGAUGACGUUCUGCAUAUUCUGGCUACUAACAUACGUUGGACAAGUUCUCGACCUAGAAACUCGUCCGGUGAGCGUAGCUCACGGAAGAAACCAACAGGAUUCUCAUCGCGAAGUAAACGCGAGGAAAUAUCAGAACGAACAGAGCACGAUAGGUGGCAACCUGUUGCACCUGAAAACAUAUCCUUACGAAAGAUCGCAUCGCAAUGACAUGUCCAUAUACGAGGAAAGGCAACCGAUUUAUUCUUGGACACCGAACGACAUGUUAGUAGAUGAGAUUAUUAAUGAACCUAAUGAUUUGGAGGCCGCCAUAAUGGCAUUCUCGCCUCAUUUGUCUAACAUCGUUUAUCCGAAAUACUUGGCCGUUACGUCACCAUAUGUCACGGUUAGUUCAACAACGACCGAACCCCUCAUUGACGACGAUCUUCUUGCACAACAUAGCUUUCCACGUCAACAUCAACAUCUUCAACGUCAGCAUCAUUACCAUCACGAACAAUUACAACAACGGCUUAGGCAGCGACGUCAGUUGCAACGAAACAAGAAGAGACGGAUAAUCGAUUACAACAACAAUAAGCAACAUCAUCAGCAGCAGCAACAGCAGCAGCAGCAGGAGCAGCAACAGCAAAUUGAGAGCCAAGCGCUCGAACUACCUAUUUCGAUUUAUUACAAUGGCGAGAAGAUCCUUCCAAAUGGAAGACAAUCCGAACAAGAGGAUGUCUACGAACAGAGACUUAACUUGCCGAUUAAAUUGAAGACUGAACCGAUUUUAGAGCGUGUCUCCAAGCAAUCACCAUCAUCUUCAUCUUCUAUCUCUUCACCCUCUAUGCCACCUUCUUCUUCUUCUUCUUCAUCAUCUUCAUCUUCUUCUUCUUCUUCUUCGUCAUCAUCAUCAUCUUCUUCAUCUGCUUUAUCCUCUUCGCGGGAAUUUUUCAACGCCGGUGGAUUCACCCCCUUGAAACCUUUUAUAUACGAGAUUAACGAUCCUUCCAAAAAAAAGAAUUGGAUAAGCAUCGGACGUCGAUCGGUCAAUUUGCCAGAGGAAUCUUCUGUCUCUCAGCAAGCCCUGGCACCCCAUACAUCUCCCUUUACUUCCGGAGGAGCAAGUGUAAACACCCAAUUGGUGAGGUCUAUCAGGGCGAGCAGACCUUACGACGUGCCGCAAAUUGAGUGUCCAGCCUCGGAGGAAGGGAUGGAGAGGUUUGCAUGUCCGAAGCCGGACAGGAUGGGUAGAUAUCGUUGUAUCGAUGACCAUGUACUAUGCGACGGCUUCUUGGACUGUCCAGGGGGUGAAGAUGAAGAUAUGCUUCACUGCAUGUUUUUCAAAACUACGAGGGCGCACCUCGACGUCUUAGCUGAUGCCAUAUUGCGAUGGGCAAGAGGACGCUAAUUGGGUUUAUUAUAUAAACAAUGAAUUUUUCUCCAUCGCGUACAUAAUGCCUCAUCGAUGUGUAAUAUUUCUCUACUGCGUUUAAUGCAUUCCCCGAAAAACAGAUUAUCUCUCUCUCUCUCUCUCUCUCUCUCUCUCUCUCUUUCUGUCUCUUUCAAACUGUCUUUCUAAAAUUCUUGAAAAAUGUCUCAUCUCAUUUGAAUCCUAUUCUUCCAUAUUCUUUUCUCUCUAUUCAUAUUUUCAUCUCAUACCAUUUGUCUCUACCUUUUAUCUAUUUGCCUAUCUUUCUCUCUAUCUCUCUCUUUCUAUCUCGUUCGUUUUUUCUCGCUGUCACUUUCUAUACUAUCAUUCUAUUUCACUUGAUUCCCUCUCGUUGCACAUCUUCUUCUUCUUCUUCUUCUUCUUCUUCUUUUUCUUCUUCUUCUUCUUCUACUUCACUCCUAUUUGUUGACAUAAACUUGUAGAAAGAAACUUUGACUAAAAUCAAAACUCAGGGAAACGUGAGAAUGUAUUAUCCCUCCCGCGAAUUAUAUUCAAUAUAUAAACAACAACCAUGUAUAAGAAAAACAACCCUAAAUCCGUCGUCAAAUGGAUCUUACAAAUAAAACCAAAACAAAAGAAGGAACGAAAGAAUGGAAUGGAAAAAAAAAAA